GUAAGUCGAGAACUUGGGACGCGGGAAGUACGUAUGUUCACCCCAAGCCGAUUUCCGUGUAACAGUGCCCUGCAACUUGCAAGAGGAUCCGUAUAACCGAUAUAACCUUCUUUCACUCCCUUCAUACGUUUUCUCGAUCAUAACCCCGUCGAAAGUUUUUUUACAGUUCUCCGGCUCACCUCCGAAACCUUAUUCACGUAAUUCCGGAACUUUUGUUGUCCCAAUCCGGUUAUACCGCACGGAAAGGGAGUUGAAACAUAUUUGACAGUUCGACGUUUGACAGCUUAGCCUCGUCAUCAAGUUGAAUACACAUAUGUGUGCACAGCUAUUUGAUUGCUUUGAGCUUUUAGCUAUUGAAUAUUGAUGAUAAUGCGCGACUAACUAAUACUCCAAUAAAUCGAGAUUUCGAGUAGAUAAUAAAGUGCCACCAACUAACGGGAGAUACUCAACGUUCUGCAGUGUUCCUGACUUUCAUUCUUACCUUUCAAAGAAGACUUCUUGAUUUUCAAAGGCUUUCAACACACCGUAACAAAUGUCAAAGAACAAAUUGAACCUGACUCUACCUCCAGGUUCUAUAGAACCUGUAGCAGCAGUUUCACCUUCGCCACCGGUCCCGCCGUUGCCUGUUUACACCGAACCUGCAGUACCCAUUCCAGAUGGUGUGAUGGGAAAAAUGAGUAUCGACGCUCUCCAAGAGCGAUUGGAAGAACUAGAAAUGGAUGAAGAACAACGCAAAAGAUUGGAAAGUUUUCUUGGUCAAAAAGAAAAAGUUGGUGAAUUAUGUGAUGAGGAUUUUGAAAAAUUAGGAGAGCUGGGCGCAGGAAAUGGUGGCGUUGUUAUGAAAGUCAGGCACAAAAAGUACGGUCUCAUCAUGGCUAGAAAGCUGAUCCACCUGGAGGUAAAACCAGCCAUCAAAAAACAAAUAAUAAGGGAACUCAAAGUUCUCCACGAGUGUAAUUUCGCACACAUCGUAGGCUUCUACGGAGCAUUUUACAGCGAUGGCGAAAUUAGCAUAUGCAUGGAAUACAUGGACGGCGGAUCGCUGGAUCUGAUUUUAAAAAAAGCUGGCAGAAUACCUGAAUCGAUAUUGGGUACCAUCACAGCUGCGGUUCUCAAGGGAUUGAGCUACUUGAGAGACAAGCAUGCUAUUAUGCAUCGUGAUGUAAAACCGAGCAACAUUUUAGUUAACAGUGCUGGAGAAAUAAAAAUUUGUGAUUUCGGUGUUUCGGGUCAGCUCAUUGACUCAAUGGCUAAUUCCUUUGUCGGCACCAGAAGUUACAUGUCUCCAGAAAGACUUCAGGGUACACACUACUCGGUCCAAAGUGACAUAUGGUCUCUCGGCUUGUCAUUAGUUGAAAUGGCUAUUGGAAUGUAUCCGAUUCCAUCUCCAGAUGCAAGAACUUUAGCUUCAAUAUUUGGCCCACAGCAAAAUCAAUCACCUGCCGAAAAUGCCCCUGCUAAUAACGUUUCUACGCCAACGUCACAGUCGCCUGCUCAUAAUGCUAGUAGCCCGAGACCAAUGGCGAUUUUUGAGUUAUUGGACUAUAUUGUAAAUGAACCACCUCCAAAGCUUCCACCCGGCAUUUUCACCAACUCAUUUACGGAUUUCGUUGACCGUUGUUUGAAGAAAAAUCCUGCUGAAAGGGCAGAUUUGAAAACGUUAAUGAACCACGAAUGGAUACGAAAAGCGGAAUUAGAGAAUGUGGAUAUCGCGGGAUGGGUAUGUCGCACUAUGGAUCUUCAACCGACCACUCCAACGCGCCUAGCGAACGUACAGUCCUGAAUAAAUGUCACUCUUACAUACUUGACCACAUACAUUCGUGUUCAGUACUCUUAAGUAAUUCUGAGUUUCUUUCAUUUUAAUCAAUUAUAAGCAGUGGCAUUUUCUCGUUUGACGUUUCUCUGUAUAUGCUCAUUCCCACGUAAACAAUUUUGAGAAUAGACAGUAACGUAUGGACAUCAGCCAUUCACUCAAACUAUAUAUAGAUUCAUUAUCUUCAUUAUCACAUGCUAAAAAACAUUAACAUUGACAUAGCAUCAAAUUUACAUGAAAUACACACUCGUCUUGGUUUUUAAUGUAUUCACAUCAUGAUUGGUCAUGAUGUCAUAUGAGUUAUGGAACUCCCCAUCAUUUUAACAACAGAAUCCUAGAAGUAUAUAAGUCACAUAGUUGAUGUUAAUAGCAAAGUGGGAUGCAUUUAAAAUGUUAGUUGAACUUGAAGUGAAAUUUUUAUUAAAUGGGAAUAAAUAAUAUGUGCUUAAGUAAGCUAGAAAUUUUAAAAAGUGUUGUAAAAAUAAGUAGCAUUGAUUAAAUGUUUAUUACUGUCUAUAUUUCAAAAUUGUCGAGGAAAUUUUGAUGAAUUAAACUUCGAUAAGAAAUUUGGAUAAACGGACGUACGUGUAUUCGUAUCCAGCAUAGUUUAACCUAUUUCAAAAAAUAAGUUGUUACAAUCCAGAAAUCAUACGCCACUGUACUGCAAUUAACAUUAUUUAUGUUUCAUUGAGUUCACUUAGUUUUGUCAAAAAGUAUGUAAGAUAAAAAAAUUGUAGCAUAGUUUUAGUGACGUUGUACACGCAAAUGAAAUGUAUAUUCUCUGUAUCGAAAGUGAUAUAUCACAAAAUGCAAAAUCGAACUAAGCAAGUAAUUCAUUGACAAAGAUGAGCUAUAUGAACUAUAAGUGUGUAUAUAUCUGUACUGAAAAGUCACAGAGCACAGCCAGUCAUUUAAGACAAUACUGCUUUUAGCGAUUAGUUUUACCAUUGUAAAUGUAAUUGAAAAGUCUUUUACUGAAUAUAGAAAAAUUCAAAGAUCACAGGUAUGCUUAUGAAAAUGUAUACCUAUGUAUGCUUAUAUUGACUUAGAAAUACAUUGCUUUCUUAUUUGUGCCCCAACAUAUUAUUACUAUUCCAUAUUUGCAAUCGUUAAUUAAUAUAUGAAUAAGCGAAUUUUUGAAACAUGAUGGAGCUCUGGUGACUUUUUGGUUUAGAACUUCAUCGUAUAUGUCAAUAGGCCAGUAAUUACUAGAUUUGAAGAAAAUAAAAUGUUAUUUUCUUUUGACAUUGGUUGAAAUUUAGUUUCAAAAUAAUUCCUUCUAGAGAACAAUCAUUUGAUAUAGCUAGGUUCAGCCACUUCUGGUUUGGCUUAAAACUUACCGGAGUUUUCAACCAAUACUUUUUUAUGCCAGAUAAUGAAGAUAAGUUUGAUUGCCUAAUAUGUCAGUCAAAUGAAUUCGUCGAAUUCGUCGGUCCUGAUACUUGUUAACGAUACAUGCACAUUCCGGAGUAUGAUAUUGUGCAUAAUUAAUAUUACCACGAAGUGAUAUAGUAUAGCCUAAUUAUUAAGCUAUGUAUUGUAUAAAAAUCGAUAACAUUUAUUAAAUGUGAACUCAA